AUGGCUCAGAGGCUGGCGGCUGCCAGAGGCGGCGUCGACCUGGAAGCCUUAUCCCCCCGAGACGCCAACGCCCAACGGCUACCCAAAGCGACCGAGGUCAAGGCCAAGACGGCUGCGCAGUUUCGCGCCGCCAAGGACAAGGAGCAUCCUCCGCCGCCUCCUUCCGAGGUCCUGGAGCCCAGCAGCUCUGACCGUUCCGACGGAGCUCUUUACCAAGUCGGCAAGCUGCUGGGCAAGGGCGGCUUUGCCAUUUGCUACAGCGGUCAAGAUGCAGCAACGAGGCACAAGUACGCUCUGAAAAUCGUGAAGAGUAGGAUGCCUCCAAAGACGGAGCAAAAGUUUCAAACCGAGCUGCAAAUACAUUCAAAGAUGAAGCACAAGAACAUUGUUCAGUUUUUCAAAGCCUUUUCCUUUGACAAUUGCACCUACCUUGUGCUGGAACUUUGCAACAAUGGCUCCCUCAUGGACAUGGUCAAGCGUCGCAAGGGCCUCACUGAGCCAGAGGUUCGAUUCUACUCUGUUCAGAUAGCCGGCGCCAUCAAGUACAUGCAUGGCAAAGGCAUCAUCCACCGCGACUUGAAGAUGGGCAACAUUUUCCUCGAUUCGCAAAUGAAUGCCAAGAUUGGCGAUUUCGGUCUCGCCGCUUUGGUAGUGACUGGUAGAGACAUGCAAACCAUACGCCGCACCACGCUAUGCGGCACUCCCAAUUACAUCGCCCCGGAAAUCGUAGAAAAGGGGAAGAAGGGUCACGACCACAUGGUUGAUAUAUGGAGCUUGGGCAUCAUCGUGUUCGCCAUGCUCACGUCCAAGCCUCCCUUCCAGUCUUCCACGACAGACGAGAUUUACCGCCGCGCCAGGGAAAGAGACUACGAAUGGCCUGCCAGCGAGGCCUCUCAGAAGUACAUUAGCCAAGAGGCCAAAGACCUGGUCGCCACGAUGCUGCAAGAUGCGGACUGCCGUCCGGAGCCCGACGCCAUCAUUCAGCACCACUUCUUCACUUCCGGCUUCAUGCCCGCGGAGUCGGACAUGACUUUUCGGUUGCGAGAGUUGCCGCCGGAGCGCGACGAGUUCUACGGAGGAAGCCGAAUGAGCGCGGCUGUGCAGGCCGCAUCGUAUCGAAAUCUAAAGGACGUCUGCCGAGAAUGCUGCAUCGGUCCAUGGGCCGAUGCCAACAUCAUCCACUCGCAAAUAUGGAAGGAGAUGGCCCAAGAGGAAAAGGUCGGCCUGACGCCCAUGAUCCCUCUGGCGGAAAAUGUGGUGUACCGGCCGUUCGAAGCAUGGCUGAGGGAGAAUAUGCCCCAGAGAAGCAAGUUUUCGAAUUCUGUUGGUCCGUACACGACCUCGUCGGCUGCCGUGGUCGUGGAGGAAUCGCAAACCGGCACGCAGAGGGGGCCGAGGGGCUUGCUGAGACAACCUCCGCAGAGCUUCGCAGCUCAACAGCGAGCCCAGAACAGGCCUGCCUUGGCGUCUGCAGCCGCGAAAUCGAAUCCUCCGGCCGACGCUUCCGCAGGCUCCAACCAAAUGGCCCGAAGCGGGUCACGACGAGGUGCUGCCGCCACCAGUGCUGCCGCUACCAAGGCUGCCGCUACCAAGGCUGCCUCUUCCCCUGAGGAAUCCUCGUCAAAGAAGCUUUCCGAGAAUCUCGGCAAGGCCGCCGUGCGCGCUCCUGUCCGCACAGCCCUGCCGGCAACCCGCUCAGCUCCGAGCCUGCAGGUCGCCGAGAGGGCGGCAACCAUGAGCUGUGCUCCUCUGCAGCCGCGGUUGAAGAAGCCCAGCUCGUCGUCACCUGCCAGGCAAGCCACGCUGUUCUCGCCCUCCGAGACGCCCGAACAAGUGGCCAACUCGAAGCCCGACGCUAUCCUUGAACGGCUGAGGAGGCUCCAGGCCGAGUUGGAGCGGGCGCUGAACUCGAGAACGAUGGCCAUCAUAUCUCCCAAGACGGUAUCCCCUCCUCAUCCUCACGUUGUCGUCAAGUGGGUCGACUACACCAACAAGUUUGGGCUGGGGUACAUUCUGAACGACGGCGGCGUCGGCUGCGUGCUGAGGGAUAUCCCGACAACCGAAGGCAGCAGCAACGUGAUGCUGCCGCCGGCCGGCGUAUUCAUUCGCGGCGCGGAGAAGCACAUCCUCCGACGGCAAGACGAGUCCUAUCCGGACAGGAAUCAGCCGGUUCCGAUGACGGAGCCGAUCAAGUUUUUCGAAAACAAUGGUGAAAGCGGUCUCUCGGAAGUCAACGUUUCGCCCGAGCAGUUUAGGGUGGCGGUCAACGAGGACGGCAGCGCGGGCAAGAUGAAUCCAGGCAAGGACAUCUACCAGCACCGCAAGCGGGAGAGGAUCAUCUUGUGGAAGAAGUUUGCCAACUACAUGAUUGCCUACGGGCGGGACGAAAUGGCGGCGCUUGAAGAGGCCGAGGGGCAGGGAGCCACGUGUCCCGGACAGAAGGGCAGCUCGUCAGGGCUGGUCACGUUUUACCAACGGUUCGGAGAUGUUGGUUGCUGGGUGUUUGGUGACGGACAUUUGCAGUUCAACUUUCCCGAUCACACCAAGGUCGUUCUCGACGCAACGGGCACGUGGUGCCAUUUCUGGCAUCUUCCGCAGGACGCGGCGGAAAGGCUGGCGUCGACGGGGUCGAUGGGGGCCGCGGCGCUUGACGACCGCGCGACGCUGUCUUAUCCGCUGCAGACGCUGCUGAACUUCCAGACCAAGCCGUCGAGCCGGUCGGCGAGCACGCGCAGGCGGCCAGAGAUUGAGGCCGAGCUGCAAGGAAUCCCGGCGGCCAACGACUUUCGACGCAAGAUUGAGUUCAUCAAGAACGUGGUCAAGGAAUGGGUGGCCAACGACGGCCUGGGCAACAGCUGCAUGAGCAGGGAGACGCGGCUGCGGUGGACGGGCCAUCGCGAGCUGGGCAGCACGACGGGGUCGCAGAAGCAUGUGUGGGUGACGAUUGGCGCUCGCUGGGGCGACAGACGGCUGUCGACGCUGGUUGACCCGCGGAAACCGGGGGAACUGGGCGAGGACGUUGAAAGCGACAGGAGGUGA